UGACCCACGGCGGCGACCUGAGCGAGUCAGCCAGUGGCCGGAGCGGGUCGAGCCGGUGGGCGAGCGAGCGGGCCGAGCGUGUCGUCGAGCCGAGUCAGUGCGCCUGUCGAGCCGGCGAGCCGAUGGCGUCUCACGAGGCACCCAUGGCCGAGCGGGAGGACCUGGACCUGAGCGGUGUGAAGCUGGAGGAGCGGCCGAUCACGGGCGGCGUUGCUGCCCGACGCAAGGAGGAGGGCUUCACGCCGCGCCUAUGUCUGGCGAUCGCUGCCACCGUGCUGGGAUCUGCCUUCCAGCACGGCUACAACACGGGAGUCGUCAACGCGCCGCAAAAGAUCAUUGAGCAAUGGGUGAAUCAGACGUACGAGAGCCGGACCGGCGAACCCAUCACCGCCGAUGGCGUCACCGGCAUCUGGUCCGUCACUGUCUCCAUCUUCUGCGUGGGCGGCAUGGCCGGCGCCAUGUUCACUGGCCUCGUCGCCGACAAGUUCGGACGGAAGGGCGGCCUGCUGAUCAACAACCUGUUCGCCCUGCUCGGCGGCGUGCUGGAGGGCUUCUCGCUGAUGGCUGGCAGCUACGAGAUGUUGAUAAUCGGCCGGUUCUUCAUCGGCGUCAACUGCGGCCUCAACGCCGGCCUGGCGCCCAUGUACCUGACCGAGAUCUCGCCCACCCAUCUCCGCGGCGCGAUUGGCUCCCUGUACCAGCUGGUGGUGACCAUCAGCAUCCUGGUCUCGCAAGUGCUGGGCAUGCGGAACGUGCUGGGCACGGCCAGCGGCUGGCCGUGGCUGUUGGCGCUGACGCUGGCGCCAGUCGUGUUCCAGCUGGCCGUCAUGCCGUUCUGUCCCGAGUCGCCGCGCUUCACGCUCAUCAACAGGAACCGCGAGGUGGACGCCCAGAAAGCUCUGGCCUGGCUGCGCGGUUCUCCCGAGGUGCAUGAAGAGAUUGAUGAGAUGAAGGCGGAAAAUGAGGCGUCCAAGCUGACCCCACGCGUGACGCUGAGGGAGAUCACCACGAACCCCGCCCUCCGUGCCCCCCUCAUCAUCUCCGUGAUGAUGAUGCUGGCUCAGCAGCUGUCGGGCAUCAACGCCGUCAUCUUCUUCUCUACGGACAUCUACCAGCGAGCGGGCCUGAACGAAAUGCAAGCCCAGUCGGCCACGCUCGGGAUGGGCGCCAUGAACGUGCUGAUGACCAUCAUCAGCGUUGUCCUGGUGGAGAAGGCCGGCAGGAAGACGCUCCAGAUGAUCGGCCUGAGCGGCAUGUUCGUCGUCACCGUGCUGCUCACCAUCUGCCUGGCGCUGAAGGACCAGGCGCAGUGGCUUAGCUACAUCUCGAUCGUGCUGGUCAUCUCCUUCGUGGUGUGCUUCGCCACCGGACCAGGCAGCAUCCCGUGGUUCCUGGUGGGCGAGCUGUUCGCCCAGUCGGCCCGGCCCACCGCCACCAGCAUCGCCGUGGCCGUCAACUGGACGGCCAACUUUAUCGUCGGCGUCAGCUUCCUGCCUCUUGCCAACGCUAUGGGCCCGUACGUGUUCCUCAUCUUCGCCACCGUGCUAGCGGUCGCCGUGCUCUUCACGUGGAAGAGGGUGCCCGAGACGAAGAACAAGCCGAUCGACGAGAUCACGGCCAUGUUCCGCCAGCGAGCGUACGACAAAUAGACGGAGGCGCCGCCGCGUUGCAGCGCAGAGGCUCCAGUCGCAUCAGCCACCGGCCGGCCGCUUAUAGUGUUUGUGAUACGAGGAUUACCUGUGUAGUUAGUGUGGCCGAGUUGUUUUCGCGAGACAAACGUUACGACAGGCCGCGGCCGCGUCGUCUGCUUGACGGCCUUUCCGUCGGUGUGCUGUCGGCAGCGGCGUCGCCCCUCGACGCGUUGUUGGGCGCCGGGCGCUGCGGGCUUUCCUGGGCGCGCAGGAGCGGCUGAGGCACACCUGCCGGCGCCGCGACCCGACGGCCGCGCCGCUGUGCUGUACUCGCAGGGCCGGACACCCGGCUGCGCGCGGCCACCGGGCCGUGCCGCGGGCUCCGACGGCCGCCCUCGUUCGGAGGCGCUGUCGUGUGCGGUAGUGGGUGCCGGCCGGCACGCCGCCAUGAAUCCACCGCACACCCGAAAAGCAACAAUAAAGCUGGCUGUACGUGUC